AUCCUGAUAAGUGCAGUUGUAAUGCUGGCGGUGGCAUUCUGCUGGGCAAUGAGCACACAGUUCACGAAAACUGCAUUGGUGCUGAAGAAGAGUCAAUUUUAUGCACCGUACUUCUUGGUUUGGUUCAAUACAAACUUCAUGACUCUCUGCUAUCCAGCGUAUUUACUCAUGGGAGCAGUUUCUAGCCGCACGAGCAUAUCGGAUAUUCACCAUGCCACUACCCCUUCAAAUCGCUCAUGUGCUGCUUUCAGUGAAGCUUUGUUGGUUUACGGAAAGCAGCCAGGAAAAGGUGGCCUGGUUUGUGCAUAUUUCUUGCGAACAUCUCUGUUUCUGUUCUUCUGGCUUGUUGCAAAUUAUUCGUAUGCGCAAUCGCUGGGCCAUAUCUCGGCCAGUGCAACAUCCUCAAUUAUGAGUUGCAAUACGGCUAUAGUGUGCGUUCUUGGAUGGUUUAUUCUGCAUGACCAAUUCAUUCCAUUUCGGCUAGUCUCAGUGGCAGCAGCAAUUGGCGGUGUUGUUGUGAUGUCAAUGGAUAAGGAAUUCGCCGGAAGCAUUCUUGGUAUAUCGCUAUCUAUACUGUCUGCCUUAUCUGCUGCGCUAUAUAAGGUUCUUUUCAAAAAAGUGGUCGGCAGUGCGAAGAUCGGUCAGGUGGCAAUGUUCAUGAGCGGACUCGGUAUGAUGAACCUUUUCUUCAAUUCGGUACCCAUGGUUACAUUCUUGUGCACGCACGUUGAGACAUUUAUGUGGUCAGAAGUACCUUGGCUUCCUCUGCUUGGCGCUGCAAUCUUGGCUUUAUGUAAGUGCUCAGUGCACUUUUUUUUACCUAAACUUGCUAUCAAAGUUUAA